AUGGAUUGGUUUCGAUUGUUCUUCAUCCAUCCUGUGUCACUUUAUCAAGGGGCUGCUUUUCCAUUUGCACUUCUGUUUAAUUAUCUCUGCAUCAUGGAGUCAUUUUCCACUCGGGCCAGGUACCUCUUUCUCCUGGCUGGAGGAGGUGCCCUGGCCUUGGCUGCCAUGGGUUCCCUUGCUCUUCUUGUCUUCAUCCCUGCUCUCUGCGCCGGGGUUCUGGUCUCCUCACUUGGGCCACAGGACGUCCACAGGUGCGCUUUCUUCUUUCAGAUGAGCUGGCAGACGCUGUGUCACCUGAGUCUGCACUACACUGAGUACUAUCUGCAAGAGCGCCCCUCUGUGAGGUUCUACAUCACUCUUUCUUCCCUCAUGCUUUUGACCCAAAGGGUCACGUCCCUUUCACUGGACAUUUGCGAGGGGAAAGUGGAGGUGGCAUCAGGAAGCAUCAGUAGCAGGAGUUCUUUGUCUGAGCAUCUGCAUAAGGCUCUGCCCUAUUUUAGCUACUUGCUCUUUUUCCCUGCUCUCCUGGGAGGCCCCCUUUGUUCCUUCCAGAGAUUUCAGGCAUGUGUUCAAGGGUCCAGCCCUUUGGGUCGCAGGCAGUCUUUCUGGGCUUUGGCAUGGAGGGUCCUUCAGAUUCUUGGGCUGGAAUGCUUCAAGGUGGCCCUGAGCAGGGUGGUGAGUGCAGGAGCAGGACUGGAAGGUUGCCGGCAACUUGAGUGCGUCUAUGUCAUGUGGUCCACUGCUGGACUCUUCAAGCUCACCUAUUACUCCCACUGGAUUCUGGACGACUCUCUCCUCCACGCAGCAGGCUUUGGGUCUGAGUUUGGUCAGAGCGCUGGUGAGGAAGGACACAUCCCCGAUGGGGACAUUUGGACAUUGGAGACAACUCACAGGAUUUCCCUGUUCACAAGAAAGUGGAACCACAGCACAGCUCAAUGGCUCAGGAGGCUCAUCUUCCAGCCCAGCAGGGGCUGCCCAUUGCUGCAGACCUUUGCCUUCUCUGCCUGGUGGCACGGGCUCCAUCCGGGACAGGUCUUUGGUUUCCUUUGCUGGGCUGUGAUGGUGGAAGCCGACUACGUGAUUCACACUUUUGCCGGUGUAUUUAUCAGGUCUUGGCCAAUGAGGCUGCUCUAUAAAGCCCUCACCUGGGCCCACACUCAGCUCAUCAUUGCCUACAUAGUGCUGGCCGUGGAGGGCAGGAGCCUCUCUUCUCUCUGGCUGCUGUGCGGUUCUUACAACAGUGUUUUCCCCAUGGUGUAUUGUGUUCUGCUUGUUCUGUUGGUGAAGACAAAGCACAAAUGUAACUGA